AUGGACAGUCUAUCGGUCAAUAAGGUUCUAUGGUUAUCUAUCCCCUAUCAUCUAAGACAGUUCAUCGGCAGUGGUUAUCUAGAUCCAACUCAAGUAGAUCUAUCUAAAUAUACUGAUCUAGCCAACUACACUGACGUUGUCUACGAGCAGGAGGCUGACAAUUCUAUAUCUACGAUUGCCGAGUUUCUGCGCUUAACCGCUGUGGUUGGUCUACUCGGGUUCGUCUAUCGUGACUUAGAAUCUAUUAUGUCGGAGCCUCUACUCAAGAGGCAUCCUAUGUCUACAGCCACCAUACGAGUUAGGCCUCUAGGGGAUACCUUAUUCUACUCCUGUCUACGCAUGUCGGCUAUGAUCAAGAACAGUCUACUACCCUGUAUAUUCUAUAAGAUCGACGAUAAUCACUCUAUAUGUGAUCUAUUGGCAUUGGACCCUAGUUCUAGAGAUUAUAUGGCCCUAGGAAAUCGCAUUGGAGCAGCGAUUCAUGGCGUCAUCACUUCCAAUGCUUGGGCUCUAGACUUGGUUCGUAUAAACGAGUCUAAUCCCGACAUUCUACAUAUUCUAGAAGUAUCUACGGAGAAGUAUUAUGAUGCCUAA